AUGCAGCUCCGCAGCGAAAGGGCCUUUCACUUUGACUCUUAUGGCGACCUCAUAUUCAAAGUUGGUAACCCCAAGGAAGUAUUGGAAUUCCUCGUCUGUUCAAGAACUGUCGCACGCUCUUCAGCAGUCUUCCGCGCGAUGCUCUAUGGCGGCUUCGCAGAAUCUAAGCCUCAAGCUACUGGUAAUUCCUGGGUUGUCGAGCUGCCGGAAGAUCGGGCAUGCCCUUUACUCGUCGUGCUUAGUAUUAUCCAUGGCCACUUUACCUAUAUACCAAAUGGGUUGAAACAAAACGAGAUGUACCAUGUUCUUACUAUUACAGAAAAGUAUGACAUGACACACAUCCUACGUCCUUGGGCAAAAGUCUGGUUUCAGCCAUACGAGGACAUCCGCUCUCCAGCAGGGAAUGAGAUGCUUCUUUGGAUAUCUUGGGAAAUUGGUCACGUGAAAAUGGUCUGUGAUAUGUCAAAGAGUCUUUUGCUUGGGUCCCAAGUCGAUAAGAACGGCCAACUUGUCACUAGUGGUGGAGUUCCGCUCAAGAAAUACGUUUUCUUGGAGCCUCCUGGGAUGCUAGAGGAAAUGACCCGAACACGGAAAUAUCUCAUUAGAGAGAUCGUCACCCACACCCAAAGCAUGAUAGAGAAAGCUCUUACCAAGAGAGGUUGUCAGUACCACGGAAGUUUCCAUACUAUAUCCGAAGAUACUUGCUCCAACGAAGUAUUCGGAACUCUUGUCAGACUUUUUGCAGACGUGGGGCUACGCGAGGUGGCUCUGCUGCAUCCGACAGUAACGUAUGAUAAAAGCGUCGAUGAACUUUCAAAGACAAUCGAAGGGCUGCAUUUCAACUACUAUUACCAGGGCAGUACCCCCUGCAAUCCACUUCCGGAACUCCAAGAGAAUGUCAGAAAAAUAAUUGCGAACGUGCCUUCGCUAGUUACAAAUAAGCAUUUGACGUAUCUGCGAGAUCAAGCAAAGAAAACUGGAAUAUGA